GUGCUUUCUGCAUCCCCUCUGGCAGCGGCAAUGGCCAACGACCUCCCCCCCACAGCCCAUGACAUCGUGUCCAGAGCGUUUGCCAUCGCGGCCCCUCCGCUCAAGCUCAGCAAGACGCUCAAGAGCAGUGUCAAACGUGGAGAGCUGACCGAGGACCAGAUUUCUGCCGCCUUGCUUGACUUCUUGAUACCAUCAUCUCCAUCGCUUGUCCUGUCUUACUUGUCGCAACUUCUAUCAUCGUCGACAAUCACCGCAAGGUCGCUUUGCAUCAGCUUGCUAUGUCAAAUAUCCGAAAGAGACCUCCCUCCUAUAUCAACCCUGAUACCGAUCUCAGACAUCAUAAUAAACAACUUUACGGGGUUUACGGAUGGUCUCUUGCUACCCGCCGUUUUGGGUGGGCCGGCAAGCGACUCUGUCGAGAGCAGCUCUGCCGGGCCCUCGUCCCUUGGUCAGAGUCGGGAAACAAGCACUCUAUCAGUAAUGCUUCCUCUUCUACGGCUGGCCGCUACACCUUCACCGCCCUCGGCGAUAGUAUCCCUCGUCGCCCGCCUACUAUCCGUGCUUGCGCCGUUUCCUGCCCCUUCCUUGGAUGUGGGGCUAGAAGCAGGUCAACUUCUUCCUCUGCUACCCGAAGAAAUCAGCAACCCACUGAGGGUCUCUCUCGGUGGGCUCAUGGAGGAUUUGGUACAGGGAAGUGCGUCUGAAACAGCGGCGCAACCCCAAACCGUGCUCAUGGCAGGCCAAGGCACCUCCGCGGCACCUGCUCUCCCCCUAAAAGAAAUAGCAGCGCUGCUUCUAGAGCAGACGCAUAGCUCAUUCCGAUACAGUCGCACCCCCUUACCGUCAGAAAACCAAGCGACAAUGACACCACCUGCCCCUCACAUUCGUCUUCUUCGACUGGGUCGAAAUGCUUGCCCUGUCGCCGGUGACUUCCUGUUCGCAUUGGUUGAGAUCUCUAUUGAGAGAGUCCUCAAUGGUCCGAGUGGUGAUAGACCUCAUGCUGUAGGGACCGGGGACAAUGUCAGGGACUUUGGAUGGGCAGUGGAGGGACUACCAAAACUACUCAAAUGGUGGAAGAUGCAGAGCACUGAUGGGGAGUUUGAGAAAUGGAUGUUUCCGGUGAGUCAAGACUAUCGGAGUCAAUUGAAAGCUCAUCAUCAAUGACCAGUCGGAUGCAACCUCGCUCUUGG